GUCGAGUUUUUAUUUACUUUUUAUUUUCCAACAAUCAUCGUACUAAUUAAAAUUAAUUAAAAUGUCUGACCGUUUUAUCUUGGGUUUCUGUAAUUACCAAUAAAACUGUAUAAAGAAGAUUAGAAGAUUUUUGUAUACUGUUUUCUAAAGAAUAAUCUAGCACAUUGGCCUUUUUUUAAACAUAGUAUACUUUGUUUUAAAAUGUCGGCGGGCAGACCAAUAAAAUGUGUAGUUGUCGGAGAUGGCACUGUUGGAAAAACUUGCAUGCUAAUAUCGUAUACUACAGACAGCUUUCCUGGAGAAUAUGUGCCUACAGUAUUCGAUAAUUACUCUGCGCCAAUGGUAGUAGACAGCAUUCCUGUGAGUCUUGGACUUUGGGAUACAGCCGGACAGGAGGAUUAUGACAGACUUAGACCUCUUUCGUAUCCACAGACCGAUGUUUUUCUUGUAUGCUUUAGUGUUGCUAGUCCAUCUUCAUUUGAAAAUGUAGUUUCUAAAUGGUAUCCUGAAAUCAAACAUCAUUGUCCAGACGCGCCUAUGAUUUUAGUCGGUACAAAAAUAGAUUUAAGAGAAGACAAAGAGACAUUAAAUAUUUUAUCUGAGCAAGGACUGUCUCCAAUAAAACGCGAACAGGGUCAAAAACUGGCAAAUAAAAUCAGAGCUGUCAAAUAUUUAGAAUGUUCUGCAUUGACACAACGAGGAUUAAAAUUGGUUUUUGAUGAAGCAGUAAGAGCUGUACUGCGACCUGUUCCACUUAAACACCAACAAAGAAAAUGCAUUAUUGCUUAGUAAAUUAGACUGAUUGCAGCAGCGGUAAUUCUACUUUUGUACAAAAUUAAAAAGGGUUGUUUCAGACACUAUGUUCUUCAAUUUUAUUUUUUUAUUUAUGCAUUCAAUCAUAUUAAUGAGUCGUGUUUUACAUGUUACCUAUCUCCAAACAUAAAACAAAAUCAAUGCCAUUUAGCCUAAUAUUGUUUACCAAAGAUAUGUAAAAAUAUAUUGCCAUUAAAUGGCUUUUUUUUUUAAUUUAAAUGCCACGCAUGACUAAAAUUAAUAGUACAAAAAUUAAUAAGUCUUCCGCUUUUAAAGUUACAGUGCCUGUUCUUUUUUCAAUUAUAUAUUUAUUUAUUUUAAUUAUAUUCAUUGCACUAUUAACAUUAGACGUAUUAUAGUAGUUUUACUCAUAUUGGACUUAAAUUAUUUUGUUCUGUUUUUUUGCUCAUUACUAAUUUUACACAAGAACAAAAGUCAUGAAUCUCUAUAUUUUUUAUGUUUAUUAUUUAUAUAUAUAUUAUUUUUUUUUUACAUCUAGUCAUGCAAAUGUUUAGUUAAUAAAUUAAAAAGGCAGCUUAGUUUAGGUUGUAAACAAUUUGGCUAGCCGACGACAUGUAUCAUACUUGGAUUUAAAAUAAAUGUCUCAAAAAUUAUUCAUAUUUGUAACUAUUAAAAUUAUUAUAUAUUGAAUUUUUUUAAAUUUAAUAAAUGUGUUUUUUAUUACAUAAAGCGCCCUUAUUUUUGUAUGUAAUUAUUAUGCACAUUAUAU